AUGAUAAUUUAUUAUAUAUUAGGAUUUCUAUAUUGUAUAAAUGGAGCAUUAGAUUAUCCAACAGCAUGUGAUUGCUAAGAACAUGUAAAUUAAACAAGUUGUGAAAGUCAUUAUUGUUUAUGGUAGGAAGAAAAAUGUAAAGUGGCUGAAUGUAAUUAGAGAUCAUUAGAUAACUGCAUUAAUGCAUCUUAAUUCUUAAGUUAAACUCCUCAUUAUUGUUAUAUAAAUAAUCAAAGAUGUGAAAAGUUAAACUCAUGUGAAGAUAUUUAAAUUAGUUUAAAAAAUGUUCAAAAAGCAAGAGAAUAAUGUUAACUUUAUUAAUGUGCACUUGAUUUAGUCACUGGAUAUUGUUUUAAACCAGAAAAAUGUGAUGAAAUUUAUGAUCAAUAUACAUGUGAUAGUUUCUUAAUUGCUAAAAGUAAUCCUUUAUAAAUUGAUUCUAUUUGUUAUUGGGAUAAAAGCUGUAAAACAAGAACUUCAUUUAUCAAAGAUUGUGAAUCAAUCUAAGAUUAAGAUGUUUGUUUAUAGGGAGGAUGUUAAUAUGAGAAUGAUUAGUGUAAAGAGAUUAAUUGCAAUAGUAGAAGUAUUAAAGAUUGUAAUGGAGAAUAUGUUGAUCAUUAAGGAAAAGUCUUAGUAUGUUAUGAAAAUAAUGAUAAAUGUGAACAAAUACAAACUUAAACAUUACAUAAAGCUUUGUGCAACUCUAUGAUUGGACAUACAUUCAAAGAUUAAUAAUGUUAAAAAUGCAUUUCAUAUUCUGAGCAUUGGAAAUGAU